CUCGUCCUUCCCGUCAUGGUACCACCCCUCCUCGUGGAGGGAGACGGGAGGCCACCUCGCUGAGUAGGUUGCACGUGGCCUCAAGCACCGGCAGCAGCUGGCAGAACGGGUCAACCGCCGCCUGCAGGGCCAUCUCACACACACUCCCCUGAUGGAAAACGACCCACAGACAGACACACAACAUCAUUCAUGUCGAGGAGAUGGCAUCAGUAGCUACUACCCACUUCCGCUCACUCACCUUGUUUGCUACCGCUUUCAGUUGGUCCACCUCUUUGUCCAUCUUAUUCGCUAUCAAACGCCACAGGUCAGCCGGGUUGACCUCCUUGAGCACUGCAAGCGACUUGUCAACACUCUGCACACACCACACAACACCAGACGCCAUAUACACAACGAUUCGAUGGAUGGAUGGAUGGAUGGAUGGGUACAAGACACAGUCAGCACCUACCGUGAGUUCUUUGAGUUGUAUGAUUUUGUGGAGGGGCGGCUGCUCGUAGCCACCGAGAGGAUCGAGCUUCAACACCGAGGAGCCCAUGCUGUUGUGGCGCCCCUCGACGCGCUCUUUCGUCUUGCGGCAAAUCUCGGGCAGAGCACCACUGGCAGACAUACAGACAGACAGAUGGAUGGAUGGAUGGAUGGACGCCGGUGCCACUCCUCACGAGCCGGAUCGGCGGCACCAUGACAUGGGGCGGCAGGGGGAAGUGGCGUGGUGCUGGUGCUGGGAGGGGCACGAACGGGGGCGGGACGUGGGGCGGGGGAUGAACGCGAUGGGGAGGGCCCCCACGCCCCGCACCACAUGCUGCAGGUAGGGCAUACCUGGCUGAUGUGCGGAUCAGAGCAUCGCCAUCAUGCCAAGCCUGCAGUCACACACACAGCAAAGAUACCCGCUCGGAACCCACUCGACGUGUGCGUCCUACCUUCUCGAUGGUGUGUGCGGAGACACGAGGGAAAUAUGCCGGCAGAUAUAAAAUGUAGGCAACGAUCCUGAGACCUGACACCGACACACGGCACCCGUGUGUCCAAUUCAUCUGCCUUGUCUGCUCGCAAGAUUGCGUUGCAGGUACCUGUGUCUCACUCCGGCUGCUUGAAGUGCUGGAAAUGCGACUUCAGGGCCUCACGCACACUGCCAAUAAGCCUUUCUCCCGGGGCGCGCUAUCAUCACUUGGUGGGGGCGGGAAUGACGGGACGGCCAGCAGGUGGCUGCCGACAGCCGGCUCAGCAGCAGGUGACGCUUAUGCAGCACACGAGGAAAUUUAGCAGCAUGUCGACACGGAUGCGAUGAUGUCCCCCAGCGCCGCCCUCGCCCCCUCCUCCGGACUCAUUCCCUCCUCUAUCAGCAGCUUGGCCAUCGUGAGAUCCUUCACGGCCUCCAUGCUUCCUGCCUCGCCAAGCGCUUGCUCCCAUUGCAGGCGCCUCUGAACAGCACCCAGCAGCCACUUGUGGCGGUCGGCCGGGCCGCUCCCAGAGAGCGCCUGCAGGGAAGCGAGGGCGUUGUCCCCUCCGAGCGUCGCCGUCCUCAUGGCCUUUGUCUCCCUCACCACCUCAUCGGCGAAGUGUCUGUCGUAGAGUGCCUGGCCGUCUCUGCUCUCGACAAAAAACGCCCCCGCCUCCCCGUAGAUCUCUGUGUUGGCGCUGCUGCCGUCGGGGUGGUCCAUAUGAGGGGCGAUCAGCAGGGCAGCCGACAGUGAGCAGACGGGGCCCUCGCUGAAUGGCAGGCGGAGGGCGGGGGUUGUCGCCACGGUCGUGCUGCUGGUGGUGGCGGUGCGGCUGAUGACGGCCUCGAUGGUGGCUGCGACCUUUCUGAGGGCAGUAGGGUCGGCGUGCGGGCCCGGCACUGGGGCGAGGUCGACGUCACGUGGCGUCGACGGCAGGGAGAAAAGCGGCUGCUGUGUCUCCGACCGGCGCCUUGCCAUCUCAAAGUCAAUCCACUGGUCCCGGAGCCGUACUCGAUAAUGGGUGCGGAGACACGAUGGAAACAGCCGGCAGAUAUAAAAUGGAGGCGACGAUCUUGAGACCUGACACCGACACACGGCACCCGUGUGUCCAAUUCAUCUGCCCUGCUGGAAAGAUGCGUUGCAGGUACCUGUGUCUUACUGCGGGGUGAUGUCGCAGGCCGUUGACCAUGAUCUCUUGGCCGUUGGCGUCGCCGUGCACCCACCCCGCCCCGUGAAUGGCAGCCAGCGAUGACAGCACAGAGACGACGAGCCGCCGGUACGCGUCGGGAGGCAGCUGCAGACGCUCGAGGGUCUGGCUGAUCCGCUGCAGCCGACGUCUGCAGGCGACUCUGGACAGCACCCAGCAGCCACUUGUGGCGGUCGGCCGGGCCGCUACCAGAGAGCGCCUGCAGGGAAGCGAGGGCGGACAUGUCCGCUCCCCGGAUCGCCGCAUUGGCGGCAGCUGUGACGGCGUCUGUCUCCCCCUCCACCUUCGCCUUGAAGUGUCUGUCGUAGAGGUCGACAAAAAACGCCCCCGCCUCCUCGUAGAUCGCUGCGUUGGCGUCGCUGCCGUCGGGGUGGUCCAUAUGAGGGGCAAUCAGCAGGGCAGCCGACAGUGAGCAGACUGAGUAGGUGUCUGCGGCCGUGCUGAAUGGCAGGCGGAGCGUGCUGCUGCUGCGGGUGGCGGUGCGGCUGAUGACGGCCUUGAUGGUGUCUGCGACCUUUCUGAGGGCAUCAGGAUCGGCGUGCGGGGCCGGCACUGGGGCGAUGUCGACUUCACCUGGCGUCGGCGGCAGGGAGGGAAGCGGCUGCUCUGUCUCCGGCCGACGCCUCGCCAUCUCAAAGUCAAUCCACUGGCUGCCAAGGCGAGCGGCGUGCCACACGACCAUGAUGUUCUGGGGGUUGGCGUCGCCGUGUAUCCACCCCGCCCCGUGGAUGGCAGCCAGCGAUGACAGCACAGAGACGACGAGCCCCGGUAGGCGUCGGGAGGCAGCUGCAGACGCUCGAGGGUCUGGCUGAUCCGCUGCAGCCGAUGUCUGGUGGCGGUGGGCUCGUACUGGUUGUGCUGCUUGCCGGCCCGGAUGUGGAACAGGUCUUGGAGGGUGACGGCCCCGUCCCACACCUCCGCCGGCGUUGGCUUCCUCUCUAUCUCCUGCCUCUCCUGCCCCUCAUCGCCGCUCUCGGGGUCCACCGGCUCCUCUUCCAGCAAGUCGGGGCCCAGGACGUCGGCGUUCUCGGCCAUGUACUCCCGCAUGAUCCUCUCUUGCUCCUCGACCUCCUGUCGGUACCGCUUGCACCACUCAUCGACCUCGCCGUCGUCGGCCGCUGGUGCAGAGGCAGGCGUCUCGUGAGCCGCUGACGAAGCCGUUGGUGCCUCGGGUGGCGGCGACGGCGGUAGGCGGGGUGGCUGCUGCUCCUCCAAUGCCACGCGAUCGGCCUCACUCAGAAAAGCUGAACAGGUGGGGUGGGGGCACAACCAAGGCAGACAGAUACACACAGGCACACGUGCGUUGCGUCCCUUCCUUGAUGCCUUCCCUCCUUCUCCGUCAUAUGCAAUGCAAUGCAUACCUGUAUAUUGCGAUAUGAUCACGUAGCCCUCGAUCUCCGCCUGUACGCGUCGGUUGGGCGUCCAGGGCCUCAUCACACUGUCGUACCCGCCGUCGCGGUAGGCCUGCCAGUCCCCGUCCAUGAUGGCGACUGACCGCUGCGCAUCGCCGUGGACGAGGCCAUGGGCAAUCAACUCAGGGGUGACUGGGAGACCGCCCUCUCCCGUCACUCCCUUGAUGGCCUCGUUGGCCUCCGCCUCCGCCCUCAGUCGCCCGCUGAUCCGCGGCCUGAUCGCCUCGUCCACGUGCCUGAUGGCGUUGGGUAGCACUCCCUUCAGCAUCACCCGACGGCCGUCACAGUGGCCCUCGAUGAGGCAGUACUGGGCCUCUCUGUUGUUGUCUGGGAGCCGGACCAUGUAGCGGCCAGCCGGGCGGAAAGCCGCCAGGCUGGCGCGCGACGCCUGUGACAUGGCCGCGGGUGACGCUGUCUGGGCUGCUGCUACUGCCUGUGAGGGGAGGAGCGCCAGGGGCAUCUGCGGCGAGCUGGCGGCAGACGGGGCAGCCAGGGGCAUCAGCGGGGACGAGCCGUCCGACGCCUCACCUUGACCGGCAGCCGUUGAUGAUGGCGAGGGGCUGCCUGGCUCCUCCUGACGCACCCCUUGGCAUCGCUCAAACUCAAACAACCGACCUGACGAUCGGAACCACCACACACAGCAAACAGGGCAAUGAUCGGUCAGGUCAGACAUCACCCACACGUCCCUCUGUCUGCCGUGUCCUUUGUGUGUGCCACGUCACCCACUCACCUUCUUCAACAGGUCCUACGCACUCCACCUCACGCACACCCUCAUGCACUAUGCCGUCCUGCCCGUCGACGGGUCUCCCCUCCUGACCCUCCCCCGCCUCCCUGUCACCCUCCUCCUCACCACCACCACUCUCCUCCUCGUCAUCGGCCUCCUCUCCCUCCUCUCUCUCGUCCUCCUCGGUGGCCGGGUCGGGCCCCUGGUCGCCAGCUGCUGGCCGCAGCUGAGGCAGAAUGGAAGGCGCGCCUGGUGUGGGCGGCUGGCGUCCGCCAUACAUAGGGAGCACGGCGCGCUGCAUGCCGGCCCGGAUGCGGAACACGUCGUCGAGGGUGACGGCCCCGUCCCACACCUCCGCCGGCGUUGGCUGCCUCUCUAUCUGCUGCCUCUCCUGCCCCUCGUCGCCGCUCUCGGGGUCCACCGGCUCCUCUCACGCCGGGAAGGCAGGGACUUAAGCCAGUCGGGGCCCAGGAAGUCGGCGUACUCGGCCAUUACCUCCUGCAUGACCCUCUCGUACUCCUCGGCCUCCUGCUGGUGCCGCUUGCACCACUCAUCGACCUCGCCAUCGUCGGCCGCUGGUGCAGAGGCAGGCGUCUCGUGAGCCGCUGACGAAGCCGAUGGGCCCUCGGGUGGCGGCAACGGCAGUAGGGGGGGUGGCUGCUGCUCCUCCAAGGCCACGCGAUCGGCCUCACUCAGAAAAGCUGAACAGGUGGGGUGGGGGCACAACCAAGGCAGACAGAUACACACAGGCACACGUGCGUUGCGUCCCUUCCUUGAUGCCUUCCCUCCUUCUCCGUCAUAUGCAAUGCAAUGCAAUGCAAUGCAUACCUAUAUAUUGCGAUAUGAUCACGUAGCCCUCUAUCUCCGCCUCUAUCCGUCGGUUGGGCAU